AUGAGAAGCCCCUGGUUCAGUAAAUUAUUUUUAAUUUUUGGCCCGAGACUGCCACGCAACUGGUUACUCUUGUGUCUUAUUUGCAUCCUAGUAGUAAUUGCAUUAUUUGGAUCCUCUCCUUCAAGUGCGUUUGACUCUGUAGCUUCCACUGCUGAGCCCCAAAUUUAUACAAAUUACCGAAGAUUAAAGGAGCGAGCAGCAAGUGAUUACUUGGAGUUGAGGUCUCUAUCAUCAGGAGCUACUAGUCCUAGGGAGUUCAGUCUUUGUGGCAGAGACAGAGAGAAUUAUGUCCCUUGCUACAAUGUGUCAGGAAAUUUGCUAGCGGGGUUUAAGGAUGGAGAGGAGUUUGAUCGGCAUUGUGAAGCGUAUCAAGAACAACAGAAUUGUUUAGUUCGUCCUCCAAAGGACUAUAAGAUCCCUAUAAAGUGGCCAAUUGGUAGGGAUGUGAUAUGGAGUGGAAAUGUGAAGAUUACCAAAGACCAAUUUCUGUCUUCUGGAAGCAUGACAAAAAGGUUAAUGCUGCUAGAAGAGAACCAAAUUGCUUUUCACUCUGAGGACGGAUUGAUCUAUGAUGGUGUGAAAGACUACUCACGCCAAAUAGCAGAAAUGAUAGGGCUGGGAAGUGACACUGAAUUUUUUCAAGCUGGUGUGCGUACUGUAUUAGAUAUUGGUUGUGGGUUUGGUAGCUUUGGGGCUCAUUUGCUGUCACUGAAGUUAAUGGCUAUUUGUAUUGCGGCAUAUGAGUUGACAGGCGGCCAAGUCCAAUUGGCCCUUGAGAGAGGUCUUCCGGCAACAAUUGGCAGCUUCAUUUCGAAACAGCUUCCAUAUCCUUCAUUGUCAUUUGAUAUGGUUCAUUGUGCUCAAUGUGGUAUUCCUUGGGAGAAAAAAGAUGGUAUGUUCCUCAUUGAAGUUGACCGGUUACUAAAGCCAGGAGGUUAUUUUGUGUUAACCUCACCGGCAAUUCAGCAGCAUGGGAGUUCCUUGACCACAAAAAAGGGAAGCAUGUUUAAGCCAAUUGAAGAAUUCACUAAAAAACUCUGUUGGAGUCUAUUGUCUCAACAAGAUGAUACUUUCAUCUGGCAGAAAACCAUGGAUGCUUAUUGCUAUAUAUCAGGGAAACAGAAUGCUAUACCCCCUUGUAAAGAUGGACAGGAUGGUCAAUCAUAUUAUCAACCCCUGGUACCUUGUAUAAGUGGGACCAGCAGCAAGCGCUGGAUUCCCAUUCAGAACAGGUCUUCUGGUUCCGUUUUAAGUACAGCUGAGCUUGAAGUCCAUGGAGUUCGUACCGAUGAUUUUUUCGAAGACUUGCAGAAUUGGAAAUCAAUGCUGAGAAAUUAUUGGUCUUUGCUUACACCCUUGAUUUUUUCUGAUCACCCAAAGAGGCCAGGCGAUGAAGAUCCUUUACCUCCACAUAACAUGAUACGCAAUGUGAUGGACAUGAAUGCCCAUUACGGGGGUUUAAAUGCUGCAUUUUUGGAAGCCAAAAAAUCAGUUUGGGUGAUGAAUGUUGUACCAAUUGGGACACAUAAUACUCUCCCUCUCAUACUUAAUCAGGGUUUUGCUGGUGUUUUGCAUGACUGGUGUGAACCCUUUCCUACCUAUCCCCGAACAUAUGACAUGCUUCAUGCAAAUGGGCUCCUCUCGCACCUUAUGUCUGAAGGCUGUAGUAUGAGGAACUUGUUCUUGGAGAUGGACCGUAUUCUACGCCCAGAGGGAUGGGUUGUAGUAAGUGACAAGAUGGGGCCCAUAGAGAAAGCUCGUUCACUCGCCGCACAGAUGCGCUGGGAAGCAAGGGUAAUUGACCUUCAGAAUGGCAGUGACCAGCGGCUACUUCUUUGCCAAAAGCCAUUUUUGAGAAAAUGAUUGAUUCAGCUUUGGAAUGCCUUAUUUCAUGGAAGUCCAGUUUUUUCAUCCUCUGGUACUUAUUCUAUUCCUUUCUAGGAAAAUUAGCGAAAUAGAAAAUUCAGGAAUACUGAUGACCUCUCCUUGCAUCUUCCUAUCUCUUGUGUAAUUUUGCGCAUGACUUGAAGCUAGUGGCAAAUUAUGGAAGCUGAGUUAAUGAGAGUCAUCAGCAAAUUGUGAAUGUAAUUAUGUAGACCUUAAUUUUGUUAACCGGUUCAGGACGCUGCGUGAAUAGAACAUGCAUUAUGUCGCAACAUUUAUAACGGACGAUAUGCACCAGGAUGUGGAACAAACCCUCUGCUUUAUUGUUUGGCCAGUAUUCUUGGCGGAUUUGAAGAGGCCUUGGUUUGGGGAACUUGUGUGGAAUGGUAUCUCUGUAGAUUUGGCUGUCAAAGCAGCUGGAAUAACUUUUCAUCAUAGAGGUCUAUAGCUAUUUGUUCAGCACCUUUUUCUUUUGGCUUGCUAAGCUUCAUUCUAACUCUGUAUUUUUACCGGACUAUAUCUAUUGUUCAAUGAAGGCGUGCUUGUAAUUGUUUCUCA